AUGACUGACAGCGUGCAGGAGGAGAAUGCGGAAGAGCCUGCGAUUGCUGGCCACUUUUACCGCAUUCCCCGCAUCUCUGGCCGCAUUGUGGGUAUUUGGCCGCAAAGGAUCAAGGGCGUGGGCGUGGGCGUUCGUCCUUGGCACGCCCACUUGCGCUUCCUAUUCGCCCUAGCCGUAGUGCUGGUGGGAGCGGUGGGCGAGCUGAGCUAUGGAUGCGUCCAUCUAGACAACCUGGUGGUGGCUCUGGAGGCCUUCUGCCCCGGCACCACCAAGGCGGUCUGUGUUCUGAAGCUGUGGGUCUUCUUCCGCUCGAACCGCCAGUGGGCGGCGCUGGUCCAACGCCUGCGAGUCAUGCUGUGGCAAUCGCGGCGGGCGGAGGGCCAACGGAUGCUGGUCGGACUGGCCACCACGGCCAACCGAUUUAGCCUGUUGCUGCUCAGUUCGGGGACCAUGACCAACACCGCCUUCAACCUGCAACCACUGAUAAUGGGCUUCUAUCGCUGGAUGGCCGAGCUGCCGGGCCAUAUCGAACUGCCCUUUAACAUUAUACUUCCAGGAUUCGCCGUCCAGCCGGGACUGUUUCCUGUGACGUACGUGCUGCUGACCGCUUCCGGCGCCUGCACCGUGUUCGCCUUCAGCUUCGUGGACGGCUUCUUCCUCUGCUCCUGCCUCUACAUCAGCGGCGUUUUCCGGCUGGUGCAGCAGGAUAUUCGCAGGAUAUUUGCCGAUUUGCAUGGCGAUUCAGUGGAUGUUUUCACGGAGGCCAUGAAUGCGGAAGUAAGGCACAGACUGGCCAAAGUCGUCGAGCGGCACAAUGCGAUUAUCGAUUUCUGCACGGACCUAACACGCCAGUUCACCGUUAUCGUUUUAAUGCAUUUCCUGUCCGCCGCCUUCGUCCUUUGCUCGACCAUCCUGGACAUCAUGUUGAACACGUCGUCGCUGAGCGGCUUAACCUACAUCUGCUAUAGCAUCGCGGCCCUAACGCAGCUUUUCCUCUACUGCUUCGGCGGCAAUCAAGUUAGCGAAAGUAGUGCUGCCGUGGCGGACGUGCUGUACGACAUUGAGUGGUACAAAUGCGAUGCGAGGACUAGGAAAGUGAUUUUAAUGAUAUUGCGGCGUUCGCAGCGGGCAAAAACAAUUGCGGUGCCGUUUUUUACGCCCUCACUGCCAGCUUUUGGUUCAAUACUCAGCACAGCCGGCUCAUAUAUCACGCUGCUGAAGACGUUUCUGUAA